UUUCCUUCAGUCGCAGCUUGAGCGCUCUGCUGAGCGGCCGAGACUGAGGCGAAGGGCGCAGCUGCCUGGACAGCUUCAUUAUUGCUCUCCUCUCUUUUAUCAUUCCUGGGCGGGAAGCGUCGGGUCUGGGCAGCGGAGGUGAGAGACCGGCGUCGCGAAGCAGCCGCGCACCGAAGAGAGCGAAGCCAUGGGAGCCGGCAGCUCUGCGGAGCAGCGGAGCCCGCAGGACGGGGCCACUGCAGCAGAGGAGUCCCAGCCCAGCAGCCCUGCGGGAGAAGCGCCCACGGCGGCGGCGGCGGGGGCCGAGCCGGAGCAGCCGGAGGAUCCCGCCAAGCUUUUACAGAAGAAUGGACAGAUAUCCAUUAUUAAUGGAAUUACAGAAGAACAAGUGGAGCUCAGCCUUAAGCCAGAAGAGCUGAAAAAGGAGCAGGGAGAAGCAGUCAUAACAGAUGUUGGACAAAGAGAAACUGCAAAUGUGAUUCUAAAAGAAGAGCCAGCUGAAAAUAUGGAGACCAAGCCAGCAGAAUCACCCGAUAAAUCUAACAUAGAUGUGGAACAGAAAGAUGCAGAAGAUGCUGAUCAGCAAUUGCCAUCAGAAGAAGAAAAAGUGGAAGAGCAGGCAGAACCUGGUGAAUCUCCAUCAGCAAAUGAUGUUGGAUUUAAAAAAGUUUUUAAGUUCGUUGGAUUCAAAUUUACCGUCAGAAAGGAAAAGACUGAAAAAGCAGAACCUGUUCAGUUGCUGAAUGUGAAAGCAGAUGAGACAGAAGUGCUAUCAGAGGGAGCUGGAGAUUGUAAAGAAAUCAGGCUAGAUACAGUGGAGGAGGAAACACAAAGUGAGGUGCCCUACCCUGUAGAAAAGACUGAGCAAGAAACUCAGACUGAGCAGACAAAAGAAGAAAUUUCUCCUGAAAAGGUAACAGAAGGUCCUGUUGAAGCAGGAAGCAAGGAGACCGAGAUUAAAAGUGAUGGUAGCAAGUCUCCAGAGUCUCCAACAAGUCCAUUAACUAAUGAAACAGCAUCACCCCUAAGAAAGUUCUUUACCCAGGGUUGGGCUGGGUUUAGGAAAAGGACAAGUUUCAGGAAACCUAAAGAAGAAGAACAGCAAGCCACUGAGAGAGAAAUGCAGGAGCAAGAAAAAGGAGUGAUAAAAGAGGAAGCCACUCCCACUGAAGAAUCAGAAAAAGAAAAACCCAUACCAGAAAAAGAGAAGGCAGAAGUGUCUAUAGAAGCCAGUGAUGCUAUAGUAGAAAGAGAAGAAACAAAAAUGAUAGAUGUCUCAACAGAAACACAUAAGGAGGAAGCUGUUGCUGCCUUUGAACAGCCAUCACCACAAAUGUCUGCUGAAAGUGUAGACAUAGAGCCCAGUAAAAGCUUGAAUAAAAUCGACUUGGAGGAGAACUUGGAACCUGCACAAAAAUGUCAAAUGUCCCUGGAGCAUAGCCCUCUUGCAUCAUCUGAGAAAAAAUCUGAGCUAGCAGCUCCUUUGGCAACUGAAGUAUUUGAAGGAAAAACAGAUCAGUCUGCACCAACUUCUCCAAUGCCUAUAGAAACGCCUGAGGAGCAUUUUGAAAUAGUUGAAGCCAUAUCUGAACCGAAGGCUCCUCUGGCAACGGAAAAUUUUGAUGACAGACCCACAGAGAUAUGCACUGAUGUUAACACUACUGUGGAGAAGAAAGAACCAAAACCAGCUGAAAAAUCAAAACUUGUUCUUGAACAGUUCGUUGAAACUGAUGUUGAGAUUAAAGGACAAGCCACUGAUGAACAGCUAAAAGUCAAAGAAAGCUUGGUUGAACUAGCAAAUGAGCCACUCAAGCAAACUGAACCAAGCAGUGGAGAUUCAGCAACAAUCAAACCUCUAGAAGUCAUUACAAAUGAAGUUGAAUUACUUUCAUCUCAAGAAAGAGCCAAGUUACAAGGCAGCCCUCUAAAAAAGCUUUUUACAAGUUCAAGUUUAAAGAAGUUGUCAGCAAAGAAACAUAAAGGAAGAAGAGAAGAAGCUAAGCUAGGGGAAGCAGCAGAACAAGCACAGCAGUUGUCUGAUUCUGCAGAAAGUCCAGAAGAUCCAAGAGCAGAAAGCUCUGCUUCUUCCCCUGAAGAAACAACAGAAUCUGUAGGAAAAGUUACAGAUGCAGCACAGACCACUGAAACGGAAGAUGGUUCUACUUCAGAUAUGGAGAGGAAAAGAGACAUUGUUACACCUUGGGCAUCAUUUAAAAAAAUGGUGACUCCUAAGAAACGGGUCAGGAGGCUUUCUGAAAGUGAUAAGGAAGAAGAACUUGAGAAGGCAAAGACUGCUACUCUAUCUUCAACUGAAAGUGCACCUUGUGAAGAGCAGGAUGAUAUAAAAGAAAAUGUUGAGGAACAGAAAUUAGAAAAAAGCAUAGAUGAGCCCAAGAGAAAGGUUGAUACUUCUGUAUCAUGGGAAGCCUUAAUUUGUGUAGGUUCAUCUAAGAAAAGAACCAGAAAAUCAUCAACUUCUGAUGAAGAGGUAGGACAAAGACUUGCUCAAGAAGGACAGAAAAUAGAUGAAAAUGGGCCCAAUAAAGAAACAGCACCAAGCAUGACCAUUACUAGCUCACAAGAAAGUGAUCAAGGACAAGGAGGUUUUUCACCAGAACAAGCUGGAAGCCCAUCUGAAGGUGAGGGAGUUUCAACAUGGGAGUCCUUUAAAAGACUAGUAACCCCAAGAAGAAAAUCUAAAACAAAAAUGGAAGAGAGAAAUGAAGAAUCUUCCACAGCUCCAAGUUUAGAACAUUAUACUUCAGAUGGAGAGUCUGGAAAGGAAGAAUCAUGGGUUUCAUUUAAAAAACUAAUGCCUGGUCGUAGGAAGAAGAAGUCAGAUGGAAUACCAGAACAUGCUCCUGUUCAGGAAGCUGGAGAAGAAAUGACUGAAAUCCAUGAGGACGACUCUGAUGUUCCAGCCGUUGUUCCUUUAUCAGAGUAUGAUGCUGCUGAACAAGAGAAGUUUGAAGCUCAAAAGGCAAAACAAGAUGAUUUAACUAAGAAAACUUCAGACCAGUCAGAAAGUACUUUGAUUAUUGAGCAGUCCAAUGAAGGACUAGUUCAUGCAGUUACUGUCACAAUGGUAGAAGGAGAGAGAGCAGUUACAAGUAUUGAAGAAAGAUCACCAUCUUGGAUAUCGGCUGCUGUGACAAAGUCCAUUGAACAUGCAAAGGAAGAUGAAGAGAAACAUAUUGAUCAGAUCUCUGAAACUGGAAUUGUGGAAGAAAUGGUGGUGGUUACUAAAGUCAUGCCAGAAAUUCAAAAGGAGUUUAGCGGUGACACACUAACCUCAGAAGCAAUCACAGCCAGAGAAGAAGCUUCAGGUGUUGAAGAAACAGCUGAAGUAUCCUGUGCUGAAGAGACAACGGAAAUGGUUUCAGCAGUUUCAAGGCUAACUGAGUCCCCUGAUACAACAGAAAUAGUAACACCUGUGCAGGAGGUAGAGGAAAGCCAGCAAAACCUAGAAGAACUAAAUAAACAAACACAGGAAAUUCUGCAAGAAGUUGCUGAAAGAGUUAAAUUGUCCAGCGAAGCACAGGAAACAAUUCUGCCUGAAAAAAUAGAAAAAACAGGGCAAGAAACUGCUAUGAUAUUUCAAGAGGCAGAACCACCCUCAAAGGAAGAACCAGAGAAGACAGAUAUCCAAGUUAGUGAAAGUAGUCAAAGUCAAGAUGAAGCUAAAGAAAGUAGUUUGAAGGAAGCGUUGGAGAAGAGUAAUGACAUUUGUGUAGAGGUGAAGGAAAGCUCGAAAGAAACUGUUAGCUUGGAUAAGACUGAUGAGAGUCAUGAUUCAAAGAUUGAGCAAGAAAUUGUUCAAGAAAUCAUUGAAAAACAGACUGCUGAAGAGGAAGGAUUUGUCAUUAUCACAGUAACCCCUGAAGAAGGGCCAGAAGUAAAUGUUGGUGACUUGGUAAAGGAAGCCAAAACAAAUUUAAAAGAUGCAGUUGAAGGUGGGAUUACAGAUACUGGUCGAGCAGUUGAUGAAUUGGCAAAAAUAUCACAUGAAGAGAAGCCUCAGUUCUCCCAGAAACUUGAACAAGUGGUGAACACCAUACCUGACUUGGAAGCUAAAUUAGUAAAUGCUGCAGAUGAGGUAAAAGCCCCUGUGCAAAAAGAAAUAAAAGAAGCUGAGCCUCCCUGUGCUGAAGUUUUUGUGCUUGAGGCACCCAUCCAGAGCAAGAUAACUGAAGUUCCAGUGCAGAAUGCAGUAACUGAAGUCAGUGACCUAGGUAUGGCCAAACAUGCCACACUUGGCUUACUACCAGGAAGCACAGAGAAUGUUGUAGUUGAGGCCUGCAUCCAGAACAAAGACACAGAGGUUUCUGUGGUAACUGAGACCCAUGUACAGAAGGUGGAACCCAAGGGCCAACUGCAGAAACCAGAAACCAAUAUUUCUAUGGUAAAUGAGAAACUUGAACCUCUCCAUGCUGAGACUGUAGAAGAAGACUUGCCCACAAGAAAGGUGGAAGUGGAGGUCCACAAGCAGAAUGCAGAGACUGAGACCCAUAAGCAGAGUGUAGAAACAGAUGGCCAUGUCAAAGAGGUGGAAAUGAAGUUCCUUGAAGAGAGGGUAGAAGCAGAGAAGGCAGAAUUAAAGGAGGACUUGGAGCUUCCCACAAAGGCUGAAGCAGUGUCCCCCUCAGAAAAAGAAGUGGAGGAACAUAUAAAAGACACAGAAGCACAGAUCUCUACAGAAAAGGCACAUGCAAAGUUGGAGGCAGAUGCCUGCACAGAGAAAGUAGAUGUGAAGGCAGCUGUGGAAAAGGUGGAAGUUGAGAUUUCCAAAACACAGAUGGAAGUGCAGACCUCCACGGACAAGGGGGAAUCAGAGGCUCCCUCAGAGAUUAUGAAAGUGGAGGACCCUAUAGAAAAGACAAAAGCUGCAGCAGAAGAAUCAAAUGCACCUGUUUGUGUGGAGGCCAUCACAGUGAAGCCAGAUGUGAAGGUGCAAGCAGAGGUUCCUACAGAGAAGGCAGAAACAGUGGCCUCAUCAGAUCAGCCAGAUGAAAAGCUGGAUAUGGAAACUCCUGUAGAGAAGGUGGAUAUAGAGUCUGCUGUAGAGAUUGCCAAGGAAAAGAGUGAAGUGGAGGUUCCUGCAAAGAAGUUGGAUGCAGAGGACUCCACAAAGAAGGCAAAAGUGGCAUCCCCUGUAGAAAAAGCAGAAGGUGAUACUAUUCUUAAAGAGAAAACAGAAGCCCCCAUAGAGAAGGCAGCCAUCAAGGCUGGUGUGGAGGUCUUUGCAGAGAAGGAGGAUGCAAAAGUGGAAGUGAAAUUUCCUUCUGAGAAGGUGCAUAAGGAGGUCUUUUCAGAACAGUCAGAAGAAAUUAUGGAAGCAGAAACCACUGCCACCAAACAGCAAGAAGUAAAAGAGAUCCUGAAGAAUGUGGAGAAUGAGGUCAGUUUCAACUCUGAGGUUGAAGAUACUUCAGAUUCCCUAGCAACAUCUGUUGAGAUAAUUUAUGAUAAAGCCUCUGUAAUUAGUGACAAGACUGAAGCUCCUGAGCAGAGGGAAAUGCAAGAUGGUUCCCUUUCCUCCGAAUUAAAAUGUUUUGAUGCAGUUGUUACUGAGGAGCUUUCAAAGAACGAAGUAAAAGAUGACUCUCCCCUAGUAAAAACAUCAACAGAGCAAGCUGUAGCUGAGAGAUCUGUGGAAAGGGGACUAGUUGAAGUCUCCACACCUGAUCAAAAUGCAGUGGAUGUCAUCCAGAAGGAUGUAGCAGACGCCAGCCAUACCUUGAAAUUGGAAGGCACAGAAGGAAUUGCGGUUGAUGUUCCAGAAAGUAAUGAACUGAAGGAUGUCACACUUGUAACUGCAACUGAAGGAUCUGUGCAGAAUGAAAAGGAAGAUGCACUUACUUUGGGAUCAAAACACACUGAGGCUGAGUUAAUAGAGGACAGCACUGUGAAAAGUGAGGCAACUGUGGAUUCUGUGAAAAAAGAGGUUGAAAACAUAGAGCUAACAACUGAAGAGAAAUUCACAGGAACUGUAGCAACUGAAGCAGUAAAGACCAAAGUUGUAGGAGACACCCUCAUCUCCGACUCUGGUGCUUUAUCAGAUGUCAUCUCAGAAAAGAAAGGAGAGAGUUCUGUCACAGAAGGCAGUGAAGCAGGUAUAAAUGGCGUUUGUGUACAGAGUGAAGUGUGCCCUCGUAAAUUGCCCCUGGAAACAGUCCUUCCACUUCCACAAUCUGCCACAAUUUCAGAUAGCUCUGAGAGAAGGCAAGCAUUGUCGGAGAAGGUGCUAGUAACAGAAACAGAAAAAUCAACAGGGAAAAUUGAACUUGCUGAUGCUGAUGCACUUGGUGCAGCUCCAGUGCAGCAAGAAAUGUUCACUGAGCAGGAGGUUAUCACCACUGACAUUCCUGAAGUACAAAGUUAUGGAGUUCAUAAAUCCUCUGUAACAGUAACAGCUGCAACAGCCGAAGAACAAGUUAUUGCAGAGAAUGUCACAGUUACGGAAACAUUAACUGAAAACCUGCAGUCUGUCCUAGAGGAGCCAAAAGAAACCACGUUCAAAACAGUUCAGCAGGUGAGCUUUGCUCAACCAGGACUUGGGGCUCUAGGUCCUGAUAAGGAUACAGUGUCAUGGUCUGGGAAAGCAAAUUCAGUGGUAGAGGAGGCAGUUUUAGCAGCAGUAACAUGCACCAAAGAUGAUUUGAUCCAGAAGUCUGUAUUGGAUUCCAGCCCAGAAAUGAAGCUUCAGAGAUUAGAAUCAAGUCAAGAAGGUGAAAAAAAGACACCUCCAGAAAGAAGCCCCUCUUUAACUCAUAUAGAAUUUCAAAAAGAUGUGGUUCAAUCGGUGACUAUAGAGUCACAGAGUACAAAAAUUGUGCUGAAAAUCAUCCAGAAUGCUGUUGAUACAUUGGAGCAAACAGAAGAGUUGCCAUCUGUGUCAAAACAACAGAGUGAGCCAUUUCUAAAGAGUGUAAAUAAAUCUGAAAUUCAGGAAAGUUUGCAGACUGGUCAGAUUCUUCCUGUAAAAGGCAGAGGAGAGAAAAAUCUAGAGAUCCAGCCAUCAACUAUAAUUUUAACUCAAUCUGCAGAGAAUCAAGAGGCCUUCAAAGUGGCAGAAGAAAUGCCUUUUGCUUCUGAUAAAUCUGAAGACGCUAAAGUGAAACUGAUGUUGCAGCCAGAUGAACGAUCAGGCACUGUGACAACACUAGCACAAGACCCUCAAUCUCUGAAUGAAAUUGUGAAAGAAAUUAAGCAAGAGACAGAUUUCCAGAAAGAAAAUGGUGAACCAAAGCUGCAUUCUGCAGGGGAUACAGCCACUCCAACAGAGAUUCAGAGAUCAGCAGUAGAAGAUACUUCUUCAGGAGAUCUACCCAAAGAGUCACUUGAAGUGUCCCAACCAAGGCUGACGGAUGUAGAAGCUGGGCAGACUGUUCAGAUCCAACAGCAGUUUAUAGAACAACAAACACCUGUGAAAAACAAAGAUGACCACAGCCAAUCAACAGGAUUUGUGGAGACAUACACAGAGAAAGAUGUAAAUAAUCAAGACUACACCAUCAGUGAGAGUCCACAGCUAAGCUUAGAGCUCACUGAAUCCUGAGGUUUAAUUUCUGGAAAAGUUGUGUCUUUAUAUUUGGAGGGACCAGUUCCUGAAGCAGCAGCAGAAGAUAAUGGAUUCUGUUUAAUUGGGUUGGAGGUCACUGAUUUGGAACAGAGAACAGAUGUCUGAUGUCAUUCUGAGAAAUACACCUGACAAUCCUGAGAUACCAUCAGGAGCUUGAACCGUCGUCUUUUACUAUUGAUUGUCAACACUUGCUCUUCACAAUAUUCUUUUAUAUUUUUUUGCUGAUGAGUUGGAGUGGGGGGCAGAAAGUGUUAACUUUUGCUGAAAUGACGUCCAUACCUUAACCUGGGAAGGAAGUUGGCAUCUUUUAAGCUCCCCAUUUUAUCAGUGCUUCCAAAACUGGAUUGUAAUUCUUUGUGUAUUUAUGUGUAUAUCUUCAAGCAAAAUCCAAUUUUAAUGUAUAUUUCCUCCUCUUUAUAUGUGGAAAGAAAAAGAAAGAAAGAGAACGAAAGAAAAUGAUCUCACUUGUCUCACCCAGUAAAGAAACAAUAUAUGUGACCAAUAGGGAAGAAUUGUGAGUGAGCUACAGUUGGCCACAGAUAGAUCAGAAUACAUUUGCAUUGGCUUUCCAUGGUGUAGAAUGGUGUGAGAACCAUGUUUAAUGUUGUAUUGGGUCUUGAUUUGGUACAAGUCAUACUCAAAAGGCAUAGUUUUGCUUUGGAAUAGUUGUGUUACUGGUUUACUAAACAGGACUUUAUUUUCCAUCACCUUUUAUAAGCAUGGCACUAUGGCAUUGUGUGUUGAAAAUAUGUCAGUUACAUUCAAAUGGAGAGUUAGGUGUACUUAAAAAGAAAGAUUUCAGUGUACUUAAGCCUUCCUAAGUCUGCACUGACUUUCACAUUUAUCUGAGUACAGUUUAAUUCUAAGGGAAAGUGGAAAGUCUUUAGAAGCCAGACAAAUAAAUAGCCCCAUCAAUGUUUCUUCAGCCUUCCCUUAGUCCAUUUAAGAAACUGUCAUACCAUCAUAACUUUAGGCAAAUGCUGGUUUGAAGCUAUCAAGAAAAAUAAAGAUGGUUCAAUUUUUAGCGUAACAUUUAAUGCUCUCCUGUUUUUGGAACAUCCAUGUCAUGAAGUAAGACAAUUUAUUUUCAAAAGGUUUUUGAUGAGUAAAGGAUUAUGUUUGCUCUAUAUGUGUGUCCCCUCAGUAGGAAAGUAUAUUUCAUUAUGCUUGUGUACAUUUAGAAAACUCUGAUUUCUGAAAAGUAAUUUAAAGAAAAAUUUGGCUUAUACUGAGCUUUGUGCUCUUAAUUAAUAAUUUUAAAAGCCCCAGAAUUUAGGAAACAUUGAGCAGGAGUCACUCUUCUGUUUUGUUAAUGGAGAAUUGCAGAGUUUAGUACUGGUCAGUAUAGGUUGUGCAUAAAACUGGGCAGGCUUGAAAUGCUAAAUAAUUGAAAGAUAAUUAAAAUAUUCAAAGCAUCUAGUGUUUGAUCUUCUAGACACCAAACAUGUCUAGCAGGUCAAGUUAUAUUGCACUUUGUAGCCUUCGUACCUGUCUCAGCUGUGUCUUGCAUGGCUCAGCAGCUUCAUUGUCCUACAUGUAUAGUAAUUUAUUUGGAAAUUAUCUAAGUGAGCCAAAUAAGACCUUUGGGGAGCUGCACAAUGAGUAAAGAAAGAAAAAUGUCACUGGUCUAAUAGUACCAUCUAGUGGUUGCUGUAUGCAUAAUGUAGCUUAGAAAUACUUUUAGCUAACAAUACUGCCUUUCUUCAAAUAGAAUAUGGAAAGUUGUGAGUUUUUUAAAAUUCAUCUAACUUACCUGGAACAGCUCUGCUAAUAAAAUGCAAAAUAAUAAUAUGCAAUUUUCUCAGUGUAUUGGCAAAAUUUGCAGUUCUGCGAUGAAGUAGCCGAUUUAUGAAAAUUAAAAAUGGAACAAUGCUUUUUAUAAACCCUCUUAAAAGGUAUAAAGACAACAGGGUUUCUUUGAACAUCAGAAAAGUGAAACACUAAUACAUCAGUUUGUUUCAAAAUAUAACUCUGAAAUAAUUUUAAAUAGCUAGGUGGAUAAGAAAGGUGAGUGGCCAUUAUUUAAACAUGUACGUUAUCUACAGCCGUUCUUUCAGUUUCAAUUACUGCCUUCUCUGACGAAGAUCCACUGGUGUCACAGUGCAAGAAAUAAUAACAUCAUUUUGGUAUAAUCAUUGAACCCUUUUGGAUUACAGAGUUGCCAAACUGGCAGCCUGGAUAAUUGUUUAGCUUUCAAAUUAGCUCAUGAGUUGGGCCAGGAAGUACUGAAUAGUAAAUUGCGGUGGGUGGGUUCCCCCAUCUCUUUACUGGUAGCUAUUGAGCAGUGCUGCCAGAACAGAUGACAGCUGCUUGCUAGUGAGCCUCCUCCAUCUCUGUCUCUUGAUUGCAGCUAGUACACACGGUGUAACAGUGGCAAGGUAUUCUCUCCCAACCCACCUCCCUAGGCCCAUCAACUGAAGACUCUCCAUGUACCUGCUAACUUUUCUCCAAAAUGAUGGCCUCCCCCCACCCCCAACCACACCACUUUUGUGAGCAGUUUGCUUGUUCAGUUUGGAUCAAGUUUGGGAUAAAUGUGUCUUACAUUUGUAAGACAGGGUAGGAGAGAAUAAUCAAAACCAGUAACCCUUUCACUCCUAGUGGGUGCUAGUCCAUGAAGCCUCUUCACUAAGCAAAACAGUAGCUAGUGAAUAGCACCGCAUCAAUCUGUCUCCCUGAAAAGUAGGUGGUGUAUGUAUGUACACAAGUUAGCACGUGCCUCUCUCUGGACUUAGUGUGAUAAGAUAUGGACUUCUUGAUAUGAAUGAAUUUGUAAGAAAGUCUAGUUUAUUCAGUGCAAAAUGGAAACUUUAAAAAGUAUUGAAGGUUAAAGCUCAAUGGCCUCCAAGAAGAAGAAGAAAAAAAUACAGGUAGGCGCUUGUUUGUGGAUCAGUUAGAUGUAUUCCAUGUGUGUGUCUACAAUGUGUACAAAUGUGUAAAACAUUCAGUAACAUGGUGUGUUCCAAAAUUAUUUGGGGGAAUCUUUUGUUCUCCCCCACCUUAGUGGCAGCUUCCCCAGUUAGAGUAUGAAUUAGAAAGUUUGUUCUGAUUGCCAAAUGCUAUUUUGAUCACUUUCAUUGCGUGCUUUACAACAAGUCUGUCAGAGUCAUUGUCCCUGAACUUCAUGUGGCCUACCAGUCAUGGGUUUAGUUGAUGCUUGAUGAACCUUUCAUAGCAGAAGGGGACCUUGAAAUAAGUUUAUCUCACACCCGGCAGGCCACAGAACAUGGCCUGUGAAUUUCACAGCCCUGUUUUACAGUGCUAAGCAAAUGGAAAACCUGCUGUGAAAUGUAACUUGUGUAUGGAAAGCCAUAUUGCAAUAGCUGCAACAAGCUAAAUAAUAAUAAUAAUAAAACAAUGGCAUGGCCUAUGUUAUCCUGGUUCUAAUCUUUAUAGCUCUGAGGCUGUUAAUAAAUAUGUAAAGUUAUCUAAACAUUUAAAUAAAACCUAGUAAUCACAAUGUAAAUUACCUGGCUAGAAGUUGGGGAACAAGCGCUUAGUUCUUGCUUGGGUUUUUUUUAAAAAAAAUACUGAUCUAGGGCCUUUCUAAGCAAUGCAAAGAACACAAAUCACAUUACCAAUAUUUCUGCUUUUAACUGACCCGUCUCCAAAAACCAAAAGCACCAAUAGAUUUUUUUCCAUGGUGCAGGGAGCAUGUCUCCAUACACAGAUACUGCUUUGUUACAGUGUAUUGCUUUGGCCUCAGAAAUACUCAAGACGAGGCUGCAAACUUUUAGCUUGUGCCACAACUCCAAGCUUUUGCAGUUUCUUCUUAAUCCAAUGUAUUGGAUUAACCGAUACUUUGAUUUUAUAUGUUGUUUUUAAGGUAGAUUUUCAUGGACUAAAUAAAAUACAAACACAAUUCA